CGCUCCCUUCGAUAUAUAUAUAUAUAUAUAAACCCAACUCCUCUCCCGCUCCAUACCCAAGGCAAACGAACCCGUUACAAUGCCUCCCCCCCACCAUGCCGUCCUCCUCUGGACGACGGCCCUCUUCACGGCGGCCUUCCUCUUCCUCUCCGCCACCGCCUCCCUCGGCGUCAACUGGGGCACCAUCACCUUCCACCGCCUCCCUCCCAAAACCGUCGCCCGUCUCCUCCACGACAACGGCAUAAAAAAGGUCAAGCUUUUCGACGUCGAUCAUUACACCAUGGAAACCCUCUCCGGCACCGGCAUCGAAGUCAUGAUCGCCGUCAACAACCUCCUCCUCGCCCCUAUGAACAACUACGCCACCGCUAAAGCUUGGGUCCAAUCCAACGUCACCCAUUAUCGCACCCAUUACAGAGUCAACAUCACCCACGUAGCCGUCGGGAACGAGCCUUUCCUCAAGGACUACAAGGACAUGUUCACCAAUGUCACCUUCCCCGCCCUCAAAAACAUUCAGAGAGCUCUCGACGAAGCCGGACUUGGCGAUCAAAUCAAAGCCACCAUUCCCCUCAACGCCGAUAUCUACUACUCCCCCUGGUGGAAUCCUGUUCCCUCCGCCGGAAAAUGGCGGGACGAUGUCGCUGAUCUCAUGUCCGACAUCGUCAAAUUCUACAAUCGAACAGGGGCACCUUUCACCGUCAACAUUUACCCCUUCUUCAGCCUUUAUAUCGAUCCCAACUUCCCCGCCGACUUCGCUUUCUUCGACGGAAAGGGGAAGACAGUCUCCGAUGGAGAUUUUGUUUACACGAACGUGUUCGAUGCGAAUUACGACACGCUCCUCGCCGCGCUGAAAUCAGAGGGAUGCGGUGAAGUUCCGAUCAUCGUCGGAGAAGUGGGUUGGCCGACCGACGGAGAUGUGCACGCCAACACAUCUAUAGCGGGUAGAUUCUACAGAGGGAUAACGCAGAAAAUAGCUAAGAAAACAGGGACGCCGCAGAGGCCAAAAGAGGAUAUAGAAGUUUAUCUCUUCGGGCUGUUCGACGAAGAAGCGAAGAGCAUACUUCCGGGUCCAUUUGAGAGGAGCUGGGGGAUAUUUACAACUGACGGUAAGCCGAAGUUUCCGGUGGAUUUAUCGGGCGGCGGAGUUGCGGGAAAGGAGGCUGUUGGGGCGGUGGGAGUGGACUACUGGCCGAAGAAAUGGUGCGUUUUUAACACAGACUCGAAACAGAGGAAGAACGAGAGCAGGGUGAGGGCGAACAUGGAUUACGCGUGCAGUCAUGGAGCGGAUUGCAUGCCGCUGAGCUAUGGUUCGUCUUGUUCGGGGAUGGAUUUGGAAAUGCAGGCUUCGUAUGCGUUUAAUUCGUAUUAUCAGGCGCUGGGGCAGGGGAUUGGGACCUGUGGAUUUGAAGGGUUGGGGAAGGAGACGACGAAGGAUUAUAGCAAGGGAAGCUGCAAGUUUGAGAUUGGGAUUAAGGCGUAUGAUCCGAGUGAUGUGGAGGGGCCGGCGCCGGCGCCGGCGAUGGAUGGUGAGGGGAAUGGGGAGAAGAAGGGUAGUCAUGGAGAUGAGGAGCGCGACAGAGAAGCUUCGGAGGGUAGCAGAGGAAGGGGAUUGAGUGUUGGAUUGGGGAUGAUGGGUUUUGUGGUGGCUGCAUUUUUGUUAGGUUAGAUGUUGAAGAUGGUGGAAAUUGGGUUGGGUUUUUUUUGAAGGUCUUGUUG